AUGGAUUUUAAUUUUCCAAAAUUGUCGAGACCAGCAGAUAGAAAAGAAAUAAUAUAGCUCUUUCAGCGUUAUUUAACACUUUUAUACAUAUUAAAAUUCAACUUAUAAAUUCCUAAGGACAUUUCGUCUAUUAUAUUAUUUGUUACUACAAUUUAUCCUAUAUUUAUUACUUUAGAAUAAUCAACCUUUGAUUCUCUAAAGUAAAACUCAAUGUAUUCCAUAUUACUUUUUAGCUUUCGACCUGAUUUACUAUAUUAAAGGUACAAUAUAAAAUUUCUAAUAUUAGCUCUUUUCUUUACCUCAUCCCUUUGACUUUAUUUUUACUUCAUAAAUUAAGUGCCAUCAUAUUACUAUAUUAUUAUUUAAUAUCAAAAACAUAGGAUAGAUUUAUUAGAUAAAUUUCUAAAAAAAUAUUUUUGAAAGUGUUAGGGAUAUUUUUUACUUUGUACUAAAAAUUAAUUAGUACAUUUUUACUAAUAAUAUAUAGUUUGCUUUGUAUUGUCAGCUUUAAAAUAUAAUUUAAAUAGUAGAAAUAAGAUACCUAGUUUUAAUUUCAUAUUAUUAUCAAUAUAAUCACAAUUCUCUUAUUUUUCAUAGAAUCAUCAUUCACAAUAUAUUGUUAUGAAUCAUCAAUAACUCAUCAAUAAAGAGAUAUAGAAAGAACUAGAUUUACUUAUAUGAGAGCACUCUAUUAAUUUUUAAUAAUAAUUUAAGUUUCCAUGAUAUUUUUAGGGAAUAUGUAAUAUUAUCUAUAAAUUUAAUCAUUUAUAGCAAUAUUUUCAUAAAUAACUUUGUUAAUUGAUCAAUUUUUUAAUUUAGUCUACUCUUUGGAUUAUCAACAAAAAUCAAUAGCUUUAGCAGUAUCAUUUAAUAUUUCAUUUCAUAUAAUUGCAUUAAUUCAUGUCAACAUUUCCUAUAAAUCAUAUCUUUUACCUUUGUUUAUAAAUUAAAUGUUGAUAUAUUAAAUAAUUCGAAAUUAUUCUAACCGUGUUGAUUAAUCUACAUUAAAAAUACUAUUUAAUUCAAAAGUAUAAGCCUAUUGGCAAUUAAAGUAUUGGUUAAUCAAAUUAUUAAAUAAUGAUACUCCUACUUUUGGUUAAGAAAUCAUUUUUAAAUCUUUGAUUGCAUCUUAACAUAGAUAAACUUGCUUUUAAUUACAAUGUUUAUUUUGUUCACAUUAAAAUAUUAUUAAUCCAACUUAAACUGGUGGUAUAACAAAACAUAUAUUUAAUGAAUUUUUGUUAGAGAAAUUAAAAUAAUUUCUUACAUAAUACACUCUUUUUUCAAAGUCUUCUCAUAAUUAAGGACUCUUAUCAUAUGCAUUUGUUUUAUAUGAUUUUGGAAUGAUUAUGAAAUCCAUAAAAAUACUUUGUUUUUUAAAAGAAUAUCAUUAAAAUUAAGACAACUCUAAACUUUAAUCAUUUUCCCAAACUCAAGAUGAUAAUUAUUAAAUAAGUCAUCUUGAAUUGAUUACUUUAAAACCCAAAAAUUCUUAAGAAAAUUAAGAUUUGUUGUGUAAUUUAACAAAGACUUUAUAAGAUUCAAAACUUAUUUAAGUUCUUUAAUAAUAAUAAUCUAAAAAAUAUUCUAUGAUAGAUAAAUUAAAAUUAAAAUUUAUAUUUGAUUGUGCCAAAGCUAAUAUUAAUUCAUUUUUAGGUACUUCAAGUGAAGCUAUAUAACAAAAUUACAUUAAUGAUUAUACAGAAUAAGUUAUUGAAAAAGAUCUUUAAAUAAAUGUUUAAGAAUAAAGUGUAUUUAAUGUGAUUGAAGCCAAAGUUGUUCUUUAUUAAUAAUUAGUUUCAACAUCACAAAUUAAAUAAAGCAUUCAUCAUUUUCAUAAUCAAGUUAAUAAAUUAUGUCAUUAUUUUUAUGCUAUAGAUAAAUAAUUAAAAAAAGCCUAUUAGUAAAAUCCUUGUUUUCAUUUGCAUAGAAUCAUUUGUUUUUUCUUAGGAGAAGUUCUGGGUGAAUAUAGAAGAUCAAUAAACUUUUAUAAAAAUUCAGAAUUCUUUGAAACUCAGAUAUUAUAAUUUAAAUAAAUUAAGAAUUUUAAUAUCAAUUCUAAACAUGUUCAUUAUUUAAUAUUAGAAGCAAAAGAUGAUAUGGAAUCUUUUACAAUAUAAUCAUAUUCUAAUAAAUUUUAUCAAAAUUUUGGAACCACUAAAAAUACUACCUAAAUUCAUUAAUUUAAUGAUUUACUCCCAUAAUAUUUAAUAAAACAUCAUGGUUCUUAUGUUAAAAGAUUUUUUGAGACAGGAAUAUCAAAAUAUUACUAAUAAUUUGAUCUUAGUUUUAUUAGAAACACAAAUAUGCUGUUAACACCUAUAAAUAUGUGUCUUUCAAUUACAAAUAAAUUUCUUAAUUAAAAUAUUACUUUUGCUACUUUCUUAUAAGAUACAUUAUAUGAUUAAGCUUAUAUUCUAAUAGAUAGUACCAGUUAAAAAUGUACAUUUACAUAAAAUUUAUUAAUAUUAAUUGGAUGGACCGAAAGUGAAAUAUAAUAUUUAAGUAAAUAAGAAAACUCAAAUGAAUUUAAUAUUAAUAAAAUAUUUCCAAACUUUGAUAGAAUUGUUAAAUCAAAUUAAGAGAAAUUAUUUAAAGUAAAUUAAUGUAAUUUAAUAUUGCCAAAAAUUUAAGAAAAUCUUUAAACUUAGAAAUCCUUAUUUUCUGAAAACUCAUUAAUAUUCUUAAAUUAUAUUAAAACCUAAUGCGAUCUAAUCAUAGUCAAAUAAUCUAUUGAAAACUAUGAUUAUUAUUUAAUAAAUGUUGUAAAAAUAGUAUAAGCUUAAACCAUGUCAGUUAUUAAUCCAAAAUCCUAUGAAUCAUAAUCUAUAAGUGUAGAAAAUGGAUAAAAUAACUAAGACAAUUUUCCUGAUAACUAAACUAGUGAAGAUAAAUUAGGUGUAUAGCUUUAAUCUUUAAAAGGAGAAGAUCUUGAAUUUCAUAAGAAAAAUAGAAUUUAGAAUAUUCAUACAGAAUCAAAUUUCGACAAUAUUUAGAUAGAUAAAAUGUAUUCUUUAAUUUAAUCUAUUUUAUCAGUGAAAACUCCUAAAUAUCUAUAGAAAUUUGUGAUUUUAAUGUUAACUUGGCAUUCCAUUUUUAUCUUUUUUGUCAUAAUAUUCUAUGUCUCUUUGUAAUAAGAUAUUUAUUAAGUGAAAUCAAAUUUGGAAAUGGUAACUUUUUAUGCAGCAAUCAUGGCACCUCAUGAUCUUUUCUUUUCUCUGAGAGUUACCAUAACUGCUUAUUAAUAAAUGUAAAGAGAAGGAUUCCUUACUUAGAACAAAGUAAUAGAAUUAACUAAUCCUUAUUAUGAUCAUAUUGAAUUAGGAUUUACUGAAUUAAGAGAUAGUUUUUAUGUCUAACUUAAUAAUAAAUAUUUAUAGGAAUUUUUGAAUGACAUUAAUUUAACAAUGUAUUUUAUGAAGAAUGAUGAAAAAUCAAUAUAUCCAAUAAAUCUUACUUUCAGAGAUGCUUUAUUUGUCAUAUUAUAAUAUCAAUAUUCUUAAAUGAUGACUUUUUAUUAUCGUCAAAGUACAUCUGGUAAACCUUUUUAAAUUUCAUUGUUUGCCAAUUAUUUUCUACUUCAUUCUAAAUGUGAAUAAUUAUCAAAUGAAAUAGCUAUCUACUCUAUUGAAAAUAAAAAUCAAAUUAAUAGAAAAUGGUUGAUUAUUACUGUUAUAGGAUUUUCAUCUCUAAUUCUAUUUUAUUUAAUAAUUUAAUGUUAUUAAAUUUAUUUUUUUGUUUAAUUAGAUUAAAUGUAUGAGUUGAUUAAUUCAUUAACUUUUGAUAUUGUUUAAAAAGAGAUUGAUAAAUUUUAAGAUUACAUUAAUAAUUACAAAUUAGAUAGAUAUAUUUUACUUGAUUAUAAUCCAUUAGAUAGAUAUUGUUAUUAAAUAGAAAAUUAUCAAAGAAAAUUGGGAUAGAAAUAUAUUAAAAUAAAAAUUAAGACAUAAAAUAAAUCCAAAUUAAUAAAUUAUUCUAUGCUCAUUUUAUUAUGUAUAUUACUAUCUAUUUAUUUUAUUCUGGUUUUCAGUAAUACACAUACUUAUUUAUAAAAAUAUGAAGAAAACUUAAAAUUCUAUAAAAAUUUGUAAGAUUUAAAAUUAAGACCUGGUAGUCUAUUUUUAUAUAGAGAAAUCUUUUUUAGAUGGUCAAAUUUCACAUUUUUAACAGAGGAAAAUAAAUUAUAGUUGCAUUCUCUAGUUAAUAAAGCAGAAUAAUCAAUCAAUAGUUAUUUAGAAAACACUAAUUCCUUUUAUGCAAAUUCAUAAAUAAUUGAUGAAGAAUUUGAUUAAUUAUAUAGUUAAGUUAGUCAAGAAAAUUUAUGUUAAUUCAUUGAUCAAGUAAUUUAAUAAUUAAAAAGUAGAAAUUUUAAAAUCUAACUACAAAAUAUUGUAAUUUAUCCUUUGAAGGAUCCUUAAAGUCAGGAAUGAUUUCUACUUUAAAUUACUUAUAACAUUCAAUCUAAACUCAAAAGGCAGUCAAUAAUUUUACUAAAAGAGCCGAAGCCAGCCUGUAUGAAUAGGAAGGAUCACAAAUAGUGACAAGAGUCUUUUUCUCUCUUUCCGAUCAAUUUAGUAGAAGUGCUGGUUAAAAAGCAGAAUUUUGUAUCUAGUUAAUUAAAGUAUUAUAUUUAUUUCAUAUUAGAUAUUAUCUAUAAGUUUUAUAGUUUAUAUAAUAUUAGUAUUAUUACUGAUGCAAUUAAUUUAUCGUCCUUAUUUAUAGAAACUUUUUAAAGUACUUAAAAGAUCAGUUCAUUUGAUCCCAUUUGAUUCCUUAUUAUAAAGUGACAGUUUAGAAUUGCGAUUAAAAUCUAUUAGUUAUAAGCUUUAAUUAUUAUGA